UUUGUUCAAGCGUUGCAUUUGUUGAGUUUUAUUGUUGUUUGUUGUUUUUAUUAUUAAUAUUUGUGUUUAAACUUUGAAAAUUAUUUUAAAAUGUCCUUCUCCAAAGCAAAAUUGCAACGGUUCAACGAUAUUAAACCUGUUACACCAUCGCCUGCGGCCUACAAUCCACAACUAAAAGAAAAAGCAAAAUGCGCCGUUAUACCACUGACUGGAAGAUUUGUGGACAGGAGUCCUGCACCAUCCGAAGCAGGCUCCACAAAAAGUUCCCCUUGCUUCAGAACUCCCACAUUACCAAAAAGAAAAAUUGUUAAGACUACAUCCACAUCAAAAAUUAAUCUUUUUCCGAAGCACACUACUAACCAUGACUCUGAACUGUUGAAAGAAAAGAUAGUUGAGUGUGAAAAUAAAGAUCAGUACAUAAAAGAACUAACUGAUCAAAUGGAGGAAAUCAAAGAUAAAUUAUUAAAAUUGGAGCGCCAAAGAAAAGACAUGGAGAAGGAAAAAAGCAUAUAUGAACAAAAGUCUAAUGAGUUAAUUGAAAUUUAUGAAAAUAAAAAUAAGUUGUUGGUUGAAGAACACUUGGAAAAAAUUGAAGAAAUAACCAAAGAAAAAAUGCAGAAAGAUGCUGAAUUAGAGAACUUGCAACAUUUACAUGAAAAAUUACUAAAAGAGCAAUCUGAAUUGCAAGACAAUUUUAAUUUAAUGCAUGAAACACUGGAAAAAUUUGACAGAGAAAUUUCAUUGAAGGAACAUGAAAUUGCAUAUUUGGAUGAAAAACUUGCAGAGCUGGAGUCAAAACAUGCUGAUGAAAUAGCAUUAUUGAAAGAGUCCCACCAAAAGGAAAUAGAAGACAUGGAAUAUGAAAUGUUGAAAGUAAUGUCAGAUGUGGAAAAAGAAAAGCAAAAUGUUGCUGUUAAAAUGAAGCAACUGGAAGAUAAUAUGGCUCAACAAGUUAAAGAUUUGACUGAAAAGUUCAAUGCAGAGAAAAAAAUAUUGAUGACACAAUCUGAAACUCAAUUAAAACAAGUAGAGGAAAACUGUAAAGAUGUCAACCUGUUAACAGAAAUUCAGAUGAAAGAGAAAAUGGAUGAGGUGGAGAAAUUUUGGAAUUCACAACUGAAACAACAAGAAGAAAGAUCUGACGCCAUUUUAAAGGAAUGUCAAGCAAUUAGUGAGUACAGUAUAAUUCAGUGUGAAUUGGAAAAGAACGAAAUUAAAUCACAGUUAAACGCCGAAACUGCAGAGAAAAAUGCCAUACAAGAAAAAUAUGAUGAAAUUAAUUCUAAAUUUGAUGAGUUAAAUUCUAAAUAUGUUACUCUGCAAAAAGACUUAAGUGAUGUUAUUGUUGAACUGAAUGAAACAAGGAAUAAUCUCAGUCAAGUUAUUGAGAAACAAAAGGACGAAAUUAAACAAAUAGUUGCAGAUAAAAGAGCUUACCAAAUUACUAUGAUCACUUGCCAAGAAACAAUAGAAGUUCUCAAAAAACGUCUGAUAAGUUCAGACAAUGAUGUUGAGCAAUUAAAAAAGGAAGUAUCUGAAUAUGAAACUAAAUUGCUAAACUGUGAGAACAAAAUUAUAGAAUUAAAUGACAAUUUGAAACAAGCACAGGAGUACAAUGAAGAACUGGAUUUGCAGUAUGAAUCUACUUUGGUCCUAAAACAAAAAGAAAUUGAGUAUUUCAAAGAAGAUUUACUAAAGAAAUUGGAAGAGUACAAAACAGAGGCAGUACAGCUAUCCUCAAAGACACACACUGACAAAGAAUUAUUGGAAGAAACACUUUCUCAGCUAAAACAACAGCAACAGUUAACUUUGGAAGCACACGAAUUAAUUUCAAAUGUACAUGAAGAGUUGGAUGAAAUUACUAUUGAAAAUGAUGAAUAUAGACAAAAGGAGAAACAAUGGAUUGUCCUUCAAAAGGAUUUGGAGGGAAAAGUUACAUCUAAAGAUAAAGAGAUUGAGGAUUUGAAAAAGAGUGUAGCUCAAAUACAAGAAAAGUGCGAUGAAUUCUGCGAAUAUGUGGAUUAUUACAAAACAAAAGUUAAGGAGUAUGAAAGUGAAAUUGAAGAUUUAGCUGGGAUUCGUAAAAAAUAUAUUGACCAAAGUGGGAAGUAUGAUGAUAUACUUCAAAAGUAUGAGAUACUUCAGGGAGAAAAUGUAAAAUAUAAGAGUAAAUAUAACAAACAACAACAAGCAUAUAAUGAGUUACUGAAGAAGAUGAAGGCAUUGGAAAUGGAAAAUGAAGAAAAUAAGAGAAAGAUUGAAGAGCAAAGAAUUUUAAUUGGUCCAUUUAAAGAGCAGCUUGAGGCCUAUGAGAUAGAAAAGGACGCCUUGUUGGGUGAAAAUCGCCUAAUUGAAAAAGAAGCUAAAGAGAUUUCUAGCAAAUACGCUGAAAUUUUGGGUCACCACAACAAUAAACAGAAAAUUAAACACCUGAUAACAUUAAAGGAAAAAAAUGCUGAACUUAUGCAGAGCAAAUUUGAUUUAGAAAAGAAGCUGAAUAUGCAGAAAAAGGCCACUGAGAAAUUACAAAAGGAGAACGACGAUCUAAAAAAGUGUUUAAAAAAGUUCAAGAAAGUCCCAAACGACAAGGAAAAUAUUGGUUCGCCGAACAGAUCUUUAAACUCAAGCAGAUUAGACUCCCCCGGACCGUUGAGGGAAAGGAAUUAAAACUGUUGCCAAUACUUAUUUAUUUCGUUAAUUUAUAUUGUUUAAGUUAUAUUUAUACAUAUUUUAGAAGUAGGCAAUCGUGACAUUCCAUGAAGAAAUAUUAGUUUAAAUAUUAAAAUAUUUAUUUAUAAUCGUA